AUAAGCAUUAGUUGUAACAUUCGUCAUUUGUUACACGUUGUUACGAUGAUAGUGUCAACGGACGUUAAUGUGAAACAUGGGGACAAAACGACGGCGAAUAAUCGGUUUCCGAGGAUGGUGAUUAUUAUCAUGCUCGCCGAGUUCUGUGAGAGAUUUUCCUUCUCCGGCAUGAGAGCGUUCCUCACACUGUACCUACGCAGUAAGUUGGGCUAUUCCGACGAGGGCGCUACAGAAAUAUACCAUGUUUUCAGCACUUUCGUAUAUUUCUUUCCUAUUUUGGGAGGAAUCCUUGCUGACAACUACCUCGGAAAAUUUAGGACUAUUUUAUAUCUGAUGUUUGUGUAUGCAGCCGGGAAUAUACUGGUAGCUGUGACAGCGAUACCUCAACUGGAGCUACCAAAAAGGUUAUGCACAAUCAUUGGUCUCCUAAUGAUAACAAUAGGCACAGGAGGAAUCAAACCAUGUGUCACUGCUUUCGGAGGAGAUCAGUUUAAACUGCCACAGCAAGAGAAGCAGUUAGCUCUGUACUUCAGUAUUCUCUAUUUCAAUCUAUGCACUGGUAGUUUGAUCGCAAAGACCGUGUCUCCUAUAUUGAGGUCAGAUGUACAUUGCUUGGGAGAUAAGGAUUGCUAUUCUUUAGCUUUUGGUGCUCCUGGAGUAGUCGUUUUGAUGUCUAUUGUGAUCUUCGUAAGUGCCAAGAGCAGGUACGUUAUGAAGAAACCUGAAGGCAACAUGGUCAUUGAUUUUGUGAAAUGCGUUUCUUUAGGUCUAAAAAACAUGCUAACAAAAGGCAGAAGCGAAAAACAGUCCCACUGGUUGGACAGCACGCAUCACAAGUACGACAAAGGUUUCGUACGAGAUGUGAAGAAAACGCUGUCUAUACUCACCUUGUUCUCCGUACUGCCGGUGUUUUGGGCUCUGCUGGAUCAAUUGGGUUCGAGAUGGACUCUACAAGCAACAAAGAUGGACGGCCGCCUGGGCUUCGUGACUAUCAAGCCAGACCAGCUGCAAGUGUUUGGCCCUAUUUGUAUACUUAUUCUCAUCCCUUUGUUCCAAAAGUUCUUAUAUCCCUGUCUAGAGAAGCGCAAUAUUCUCACAAAUCCGCUCCACAAAUUGACUCUCGGAGGCGUUCUGGCGGGCGUAGCGUUUAUUGCUUCGGCGCUCGUCGAAAUUUAUAUCAAGACAACAUAUCCAGAACUUCCUCAAACAGGCUAUUCACAACUUCGCGUAUAUAAUGGCAACCCUUGCUCCAUCUCCAUACAAGAUAACAUGGUGUACACGAUUCCCUCCCUCUCUUACUACUCAAACAAACAGAUAAGAGUAACCGAGACGGAUAAAGUUUUAAUGAGAUUGGGAGGCAGUUGUAUCGGACGGAAAGACGAAGUUUUCCCCUUGGAAAACAAUAAAGCGAUAUCGUUCUUUGUAAACGGUAAUGACACAGUGAGAUUUGGGGAAAAUGUCGACAAAAGCAAAUCGGGGUUACCAGUUGUGAGAUUUCUCGUCACAAAUCGUGUGACCUCAUCAAACAUAACUCUCUUCAAUGAGAAGAGAAAAGAGAUAGAGUCUCAUAUUCACCCCGGAGUGAGUGCACAAACGGAGGUGUUUAUGUCGACGUACUCUCUCAGAGUGGGAGAUAAGAUCAUUAUGGAUGAUAUACAAUUAGACCAAGGAGGAGUUUAUACCAUGGUUGUUGAUAAAAAUGGCGAUUUUUAUCAAGCCAGACUGAUCAUUAUAACUGAACCCAACUCAAUAACGAUGGCGUUGCUACUGCCACAGUUCUUAAUUAUAUCAAUUGCCGAGGUGCUGUUCGCAGUGACAGGCAAUGAGUUCGCGUUCAAGCAGGCGCCGAGCAGCAUGAAGGCAGUAAUGACGGCCGUGUGGCUGCUCACUGAGGCGGCGGGGAACGUGCUCAUCAUUAUUGUCACCAGGGUCUUCGUUAAUUACCAACAGGAGACCCAGUCGUUCAUAUACACGGGCCUGAUGUUCACGUCAAUAGGGUUGUUCCACUACCUGUCGACGAGGUACCAGUUCGAUGUGGACGAUGACGUCACCAAGAAGCAGUGUCGAAGCAACAGCGAAGUGUUGUACCACCAAGUGAAGCAGGCAGAGGACUGUUUAGAACACUGACGGUGGUUAAUGUUGUAGAUUUAUAAUUUAGUGUAUUGUGUAUUUUAUAAUAAUUUAAAAAUAAUAUUUAAUUUAAUGUUAAUAAUAAAAAAAAUAUCAUGAUUUUACUUUCUGUUUCAAUUGGAAUUGAAAUAAAAUAUAUUUUACGCGUAAAA